UUUGACCAAUUCUUCACAACAAUUACCAAAACCUCCUCGAUUUCUUUCCUUUUUUUUUUUCCUUACCCAAAUCCGAAAUUAAAAUCAAAAUCCAUUCAAUUCUCCGUCCUAAACAUCUAUAUCCUCGAUUUCAUCAAUCAAUAAAAAAACCCAUUUUGUUUUUUCCCUCAAAAAAUCUAAUUUCUUCAUUUUUUUUUUAAGCAAUACAGAGAGGAAGAGGAAGAUAGACAGAGAGAGAUGCAAAGCCAGGUGGUGUGUAGAGGGUGUGCAAGUGUAUUGUUAUAUCCAAGUGGAGCUACUAACGUUUGUUGUGCUUUAUGUAGUUCUGUUACUUCCAUUCCUUCUCCUGGGAUGGACAUGGCUCAACUCAUAUGUAGAGGUUGCAGGUCAUUGCUAAUGUAUCCACAUGGAGCAACAACUGUGAGAUGCUCCUGCUGCCAUGUAGUGAACGUUGCACCAGGAUAUAACCAGGCCGCUCAUGUCAACUGUGGGAACUGCCGGACUGCUCUUACGUAUCCAAAUGGAUCUCCAUCUGUCAAGUGUCCUGUCUGUCACUAUGUUACUAAUGUUAGUAUGGCUAACAUGAGAAUUCCGCUUCCAGCAAACAGACCUAAUGGUAUAGGUGGAACAGCACCAUCUACUUCAGUGCCAUUGCCCCAUUCUCAGACUCAAACUGUCGUUGUGGAAAACCCCAUGUCUGUUGAUGAAAGUGGCAAAUUGGUCAGCAAUGUUGUUGUUGGUGUCACUACAGAAAAAAAAUAACCCGGUGAGAUUUUGAAAUCUUGCUGUAUAUUUGGUAGGUAAUGGCCCAGAUUCAUACUAUCGCUGUGAAGAAGGAUACGCAAAUUCAUUGUGUAUAUAUUUUUUUUAAAAUAGCCAUGAGCAACAUUUGUUCAAAAACCAUCUUGAAUACGCAUACUGUUGGAGAAAUUUGACGUGUGGAUGUGUGUACAUUUUGAGGAUAUGAAGCGGAAAGGGCAUUGUUUCUGUCUCCUUGAUUAUUGAACCAAAAUAUUGUUAGGUUCAUACUAAUAUGAGUAAAUGUGCUUGUAUCUUUUCAAAGUGAACUAUCAAAUGCUGUAUGCAGGGAAAAUAUGCUUAUUUGUA